UUGUAGUUCAGUGAAAGCACUUGAACAGGCUCUGAAAACUGUCACAGCACACGAUGGAAACGGGACCACAAGAGUGUCUGACUUAAACUUCUCAGCUGACUGCAUCAUGUAGACUGUAUCCACUUCAAAAGUUGUUGUUUUCUUUAUUCUAAGACUGGGUCUUGUCCUCUGUGGGAAUGAUCUUGUGAUUCUUGUAUUUUUCUGCCAAUGUUUAUUAACUGAAGACUGGAAUACCUACUGAAUGGUGACUCUUCUAGGAGAUGCUACUUUCUUUAUAACAAGUACCUUUUAUCAGUAUUUUAUAAGCUUGUUAAUUUUAUAUAUCUACCUUACCUUUGCAUUUUCAACUGGCCUGCUUAUGUAUCAGAGAGCCGUGCUGCUCGUUCCGUACUAUGUGCUUGUCGUGUGUUAUUUUUCAGUGUGAACUUUACUUCCUUUUUCUUUUUUUACUGUGUGUUAGUCUAGUUUGGUUCUCUGUCUCAUGUAGUUACCUUAUGGCUACAAUCUGAAAUUAUUAUUUUUCUUUUGAAUUAAUGUCAACUUGUGGCAUGACUUUGAAAUAAAGAGGAAAACAUUUUCUGGGUUUGUGGUGAUUAACCAUCGACAUAUAUAAUGGACAAUUCGUGGCCAUAGACUCCAAUUAUAUGUUUUUGUGCCAAAAUGGGAGGUGGCCACCACUGCCAUUUUGACCAUGUCACAGGUUUCAUCAAGCCCAGACAAUUCCAAAAAAGGGAAAAGAGGUGGAGCUGAGGGUGGGGCUGUAAGGCUGGGAUCAAAUGACGACACCCUGUCGAACUGAAGCGAUUUAGCUACAAGCUAACGCGGAGGUGGGAGCUAAACUAACAGAGGUAGCUAUCUAGCUACAACAGGAGUUAACUGUGCAAAACACCAGAGCUUCUGAGUCAGAGAUACGCCGGGCUGACCGCUGGGGAGAACCUGGUAGAACACCGCUGACGUCGUUAGGUCCGAUUUAGGGGGGCUUCAGCCCCCCUAAAAUAAUCACAUGCCCCCCUAUCAUUUUGAGUUUUUUUAGGGCUGGGACUUUAACGCGUUAAUUAUGAUUAAUUCCUUGCAUUUCGAGCACGGCGGAACCUUUGUCAUUGCACAACUUCCUCGUAGACAGAAUAUCACUGACGCACACAACAAUGCACAGUGCUAAUGGCUACUAAAACAAAAUAAAAAUGGAAAGAAGUUGCCUUGCUUGGACUGAUGCAGGAUUUAGGAAACCCGUCCGCCUCUUUUCUUAUCUUGAAUAAAACGAACUUCCAGACAAUAACGGAGUCCAUGUCGCGGACAUUUUUCAGAGAUCGUCUCUGCUUCGGCUGCCCGGUGGCAACGGAAACUUUACAAGAGCUGCGGUAAGCUAUCUUUUUAACAUUUACGUAACAUCUGUGCAGCGCUGAAAGCACCAGACAGAAUAAUUCUGUGCCCUAACAGUAGUUUAUGAAAGUAGUCAGACAAACGAGAGGCACCUGGCUGCCGCUGGGAGAACGCUCCGUGUUCUCACUACUCUGUAAACAAUCACAGACAACAUGCCUUAAAGUUGAAAACAGAAGUUUAAGUUAAAACAGAAACACUCUGAAACUUUUCUGAUGAUUUUCUAAACAAUUCUGUCAGGGAGUUAUAUGCUUCUGAGACGAGUCUCUGUCUAAACAUCACAUGCAUUACUAUCAUUAAGCAGCGAGGUGUGUUGAAGCUGUCAUCAGCUAAGGGGCGGAUGCUUAAGUGCAUCAGGGGGCAGCGAGGAACGAGGAAGUUGUGAUCAGGCUGGAGAUCAUACCAGAUUCGCUGCAGCAGGCGUGAAUCUGCGGGUCUGCAGCAUCCCCUUCUUAACGUGACAUCAGGACUUCCCAUGUAAGGAAGGUCCGCUCACCUGUUCGUCAGAUCAUUAUUUCCUCGCCAUGAUCUUUUAUCAUCCCAUCAUCCUCCAGCCAUCCAACUGGAACCAGUUAGUGUUCCUGAUCAUUCUCAGAAUAUGCCACGCCUGCUCUGGUGUUAAAAGUUAGUACAUUUAAGUCCUAGAUCAUAUUUGUGCCUGUUCUACUGUCAUUUUGAAGGAUUAUUAUUUAUGUGCUUUUACUACAUUAUGAGUAGAAAUGCUAAUAAAAACUCCCAAUUAUACAAACAAGUGAAACUGGAAAAAUUAGAAUCUGGAAAAAUUAGAAUCUGGUGCAAAGUCAAAUUUAUUUCAGUAGUUCAACUAGACAGAGAGACUAUUGAAAGGUUCAGGAACCCUUUGCAGGCGUUUUCUAUUUGUAAUUAUUAAUUUUAGUUGAUUUGGGUCUUGUUUCAUAUCACACAGUGACAUUUGAUUAAUUAAAAUGCAUUUUUUAUUAAAAGCUUUAGUUUUACAGUAAUUACUAUAUCUAAUGUUUAAUUAUCUGUCUCAUAAUUUUAAUUAAGUUUUGCUUUGAGAGCACAUUUUCCUGAACGAUUAAAAUGCGAUUAAUUUAGAUUAAUUAAUUACAAAGCCUCUAAUUAAUCAGAUUAAAUUUUUUUAUCAAGUCCCAGUCCUAAUUUUUAUAUAUACUGUUAUUUUGUCUUGUAAUUGUUAACUACAUACUCCUUUAUUCCAUAUCAUAGCAGUGUUAUUCAUACAUUAAAACUGUCAACUGCACACUCAUUUGGCAGAAUAAAAGUUUGACAAUUAUUCAUUUGUUCUUUGUCACAUUUCAGUAACAUUUAUAAUUAAGCAAGUUGUAAUUAAACAAAUUAAACAAAUGACUGUAACAUUUCCCCCUGUUAAGUGCAGUAGACUGAAAUGAAUAGCUUUAUUUGGAAAUAUAACAUAUCUAAUUUUUAAUGGACUUAUAUAAAAUCUUUCUUCAACAUAGACCCCACUAAUGAACUGAUUAAGUGUUAUUUUUUUAUAAAAAGAAGAGAAAAAAUGCACAAAGGUAGGAAAGGAAAAGAAAGUGAUAAAAUAAUAGGUUUUGUUAAAUGUUCUUCAGAUAAUGAAUUAUUGACAAAGUUUUUGCAGGGUGUGACAAAAAUGUUCAAGGUCAAGCUCCUGGGGCUAAGCCCCCCCCCCCCAUCUCUCAAUCCUAGUGACGUCCAUGUAGAACACAUAGGUCUCCCGAGAGCUCCACAAGUCGGCAGCCGCACAGCAGACAGGUGCCGCUGCGAUCAGAGAUGCGCAGAGCUGCAGCUGAGGGGAGGGGACCAUACCGAUAGUCGGAACCCAGCUCCACCAACAUGUUACAUUUCAACCCAUUUUCUAAAGUGCAGCAUUAUGUUAAAUGCACUGGGUUUUACCCUAUUACAUUUAAAUUUCAUGGUUAAACAGUACAUGUUAAAAUCUAAGCUCAGCUCGGCAGUGACCUAAAAUACAUAAAUAUAAUUUAACUUACCGAAAUAAAUGAAGUGGAGACUCCUUGGAUGCUCUAUUAGUGCAAUUAAUGCCACAGCAAGUCAUUUUGUCCAACAACUGCACAAGUAAUAUCCAAAACAGAACGCACAAACGCUACAACUAAUGGUCUAAGUUGAGAGACUAAAAAUGGUGGAACAGUUUUCAGGCGAAGCUGAGGCUCAGGCUGAGGCCUUUUCCCGGAGCUAGCUUUGCGGUCACGUGGGUUUGAUGCUCAUUAAUUAUACAGAAUUUUAGGCAUUUAAUACACUUAAACAGAAGAGUGACAAAAAAUCACCCCCUCAGAGUUGUCAUGAGUAUAAACUAGAUCUACUAACCUAAAACUUGUAAGUCGCUUUGGACAAAAGUGUCUGCUAAAUACAUAGACAUAAACAUAAAACAUGUUUUGGUACCAGGCUGUAAACAUGUUUAUUUCUGCUGUGAAAUUGGCAUUUUUAACAUGGGAGUCAAUGACGAUUUGCUUGCUUCUGACACCAGCCCCCAGCGGAUGAGGGUGGAACUGCAGUUUUUGUCACUUCCGUGUUGUCUUCAUUUUCAUACCAGUAUUAUGGGGGCUUGGAUUGAACAAGAGAAGUAUCAGGACUUGUUUUACGCUAAAUGCUCAGUCGGUCCGAAUUUCUGUGUCAAAUUGAGUUGUUGGGGGUAUUUUUAGAGUUUCAACUAUCAAUCAAUCAAAUCAAUCAAAGCUUUAUUUAUAAAGCGCCUUCCGUAACCCUGUCAGGAAGCCCAAGGCGCUGAACAUGGUAUAGUAGAAGUACAAAUAUAGUGAAUAAAUCAAAAAUAAACUAAAUAAAUUGAAACUAAUUAUAUUUCUAUGGAGUUGACAUUGGUUAAACUUCUGAGUUCAGUAGUCUUUUUGAUAGCUGAAUAAUUUAAAGGGUCAGAGUUACAUGAAAAUUGGGAUAAUAAAGAGCAACAAAAGCAACCAAAGACUGGAGAACCAAUUAUCAAGACCAUCUGGAUCAUUUUAUGAAUUACAAAUAGCUAAAGGUUCUUUUUUACACACUGCUGUAUUUACAAAUGAAACUCAAAACAUUAGAAUAUGGUACAAACGUUCAUUUAUGUCCAUAAUUUUACUUAAAAGGUGAAAUUAAUAGGAGACAGACUCAUUUCAUGCAAAGCCUGAUACUUUAAUCCUUUAUUUGUUGUAAUUGUGGUGAUCAUGGCUCACAUCUGAUGAAAACCCCAAAUUCAAAAUCUCAGACAAUUGCAAUAUUGUUAAAAGGUUAAAUAUUCUAAACUCAAAGUGUCAAACUCAACACCUGCAAUGGGUUCCUGAGCCUUUAGAUGGUCUCUCAGUCGAAGUUAGAUUACUGACACAAAUAAACUUUUGCACCACAUCUAACUUUUCCAGUUUCACAUGUGAAAUGGUUACUCAGAAUUCACAGUGAUGAACUCUGCCACCUCCCCUCCCCACUUCCCAGCUGGCUUCUGUGUCUGCCACCAACAAGCUCCACCUCCGGAUUAAUCAGGAUCAGCAGCCAUGAAUGACACCCAGCAAGAGAGUCCAGAGAUCUCCGUCGCUGACCCAGACGGGCUGUAACUGGGCCACAAACCCUUAACCACCUGCAGGAGGGCCAGAGACACAACAACCAGCAGAGGUCAGGUGUGGGGGAAAUUUUGAAUAAAAGAAGAAAGGACUGACAGAGAAGAGACCAGAGCAAAAAAAACCACCUUCUUCUUAUCUGGACCUCAUAUUUUUAACUAUCCUGUCUACUUUGGGUCAAGUGAAACCCACAGCAGGAAAACAGGAAGGAGAGGAGGCCUUGAAAAGUGUGUUGUGAGACAACCUGGCCUCUCAUGGAGCUAAUUCUCCUGAACUUUUUUGACUGAUGAUGAUUUUCACACCCAGCCGUGCCUUUGAGUCACUGCCAUAGGCUUCACAUGGUGAUUUCUAAUGUCCCGGAAUAAAGUCCAGGCUAAACCAUGGUCAUUCUGCAGCAGGGGGACUAUGUGUGGUUGGACUUUAAAACUGGCCGAGAGUUUCACGUCCCAGUUGGAGCUGUGGUGAAACUGUGCGACUCUGGACAGAUCCAGGUUCUGGAUGAUGAAGGCCGGGAACACUGGAUUUCUCCCCAGAAUGCCACAAACAUCAAACCCAUGCACCCGACCUCCAUCCACGGGGUGGAGGACAUGAUCCGACUGGGUGACCUGAACGAAGCCGGCCUCCUCCGCAACCUGCUCAUCCGCUACAACGAACACGUCAUAUAUACGUACACGGGCUCCAUCCUGGUUGCAGUGAAUCCCUACCAGCUGCUGCCCAUCUACACUCCUGAUCAGAUCCGCCUCUACACCAACAAGAAGAUUGGAGAAAUGCCGCCGCACAUAUUUGCCAUAGCGGACAACUGUUACUUCAACAUGCAGCGGAACAACAAGGACCAGUGCUGCAUCAUCAGUGGGGAAUCUGGAGCUGGGAAGACUGAGAGCACCAAGCUGAUUUUGCAGUUCCUGGCUGCCAUCAGCGGUCAGCACUCCUGGAUUGAGCAGCAGGUGUUGGAGGCCACACCCAUACUGGAAGCUUUUGGGAAUGCCAAGACAAUCCGCAACGACAACUCCAGCCGCUUUGGGAAGUAUAUCGAUAUCCACUUUAACAGACGAGGGGCCAUCGAAGGAGCUAAAAUAGAGCAGUACCUGCUGGAGAAGUCUCGCGUCUGUCGACAGGCUCCUGAUGAGAGGAACUACCACAUUUUCUACUGUAUGCUAAAGGGCAUGGGCUCAGAGAUGAAAGCUAAACUGGGUCUGGGUCUCGCUUCGGACUACUCCUACCUCACCAUGGGUAAGUGCACCGAAUGCGAAGGCCGAGACGACCUCAGCGAUUAUUCCAGCAUCCUGUCAGCCAUGAAGGUCCUCAUGUUCACAGAGAAGGAGAGCUGGGAGAUUUCCAAGCUCCUGUCUGCCAUCCUGCACAUGGGCAACCUGCGAUUUGAGGCUCGUACGUAUGACAAUCUGGAUGCCUGUGUGGUUGUGAGAUCUCCUGACCUAGUGACUGCAGCUUCCCUCAUGGAGGUGGAGUCUAAAGAUGUGAUGGUGUGCCUGACCACUCGAACCCUCAUUACACGAGGUGAAAGCGUCACGACGCCUCUCAGCAUGGAGCAAGGCCUGGAUGUCAGGGACGCCUUCGUCAAGGGCAUCUAUGGGAGGCUGUUUGUGUGGAUUGUAGAUAAAAUUAACGCUGCCAUUUUCCGACCUCCUUCCUGUGAGAACAGCAUCAUCAGACAGUCGAUCGGACUGCUGGACAUUUUUGGUUUUGAGAACUUCAUUGUUAACAGUUUUGAGCAGCUGUGCAUCAAUUUCGCCAACGAGAACCUGCAGCAGUUCUUCGUUCGUCACGUCUUCAAAUUGGAGCAGGAGGAAUAUAACCUGGAGGACAUCAGCUGGCAGCACAUCGAGUUCACUGACAAUCAGGAGGCUCUGGACAUGAUCGCCAACAAACCUAUGAACAUCAUCUCCCUCAUUGACGAAGAGAGCAAGUUCCCCAAGGGAACAGAUGCAACAAUGUUGUAUAAACUCAACUCGCAGCACAAACUCAACUCCAACUACGUUCCUCCUAAAAACAGCUACGGAACCCAGUUUGGGAUCCAACACUUUGCUGGAGUAGUCCAUUACGAGUCUAGAGGGUUCCUGGAGAAAAAUCGCGACAGCCUCCACACUGACAUCAUCCAGCUUGUUCAUUCAUCCAAGAACAAAUUCAUCAAGCAGAUCUUCCAGGCUGACAUUGCCAUGUUUCUCUGUGGCUAUCAGCAGCCCAGCACUCCUACUCCCAAGGGUGUUGAGACGAGGAAGCGUUCUCCCACUCUGAGCAGCCAGUUCAAACGUUCUCUGGAGAUGCUGAUGAGAACCCUGAGUGUGUGUCAACCAUUUUUUGUUCGCUGUAUCAAACCCAACGAGCUCAAAAAGCCAAUGUUGUUUGACAGAGAGCUGUGUAUUCGUCAGCUGCGCUAUUCCGGAAUGAUGGAGACCAUCCGGAUCAGGAGGGCAGGUUAUCCCAUCAGAUACAGCUUUGCUGAGUUUGUGGAUCGCUACAGAGUUCUAAUGCCUGGCAUCAAACCUGCUCACAUACAGGAGGACCUGCGGGGAACCUGCCAGCAGAUAGUCUCAGACCGACUGGGUAAACACGAAGACUGGCAGAUCGGAAAAACUAAGAUUUUCCUAAAGGACCAUCACGACAUGCAGCUGGAGAUCGAGCGAGACAAAGCCAUCACCGACAAGGUCAUCCUCAUCCAGAAGUCCGUGCGUGGACUGAAAGCAAGAACAAACUUCCUUAGACUGAAGACAGCUGUGAUUUUCAUACAGAAGCUCUGGAGGGGUUAUCGAAACAGGAAGAAUUACCAAAUUAUGAAGUCUGGCUUCAUCCGUCUGCAGGCGGUCUGCAGGUCCAGGAAGCAUUACAGAAGCUACCGGAUCACUCGCCACCGGAUUACUCUGAUCCAAGCCCGCUGUCGGGGCUUCCUCAUCCGACAGGCGUUCGGGCAGCGUCUCCAAGCUGUGCUGACCAUCCAGGCCUUCACCAGAGGAAUGAUAGCCAGACGCCUCUGCCAGAGGCUCAGGGCCGAGCGGCACCAUCGCCUUGAAGCCGAGCGCCAGCGCCUGGCUGAGGAGGAGCUGCUGAGGAACCAGAUGACCAUUCGGCGGGCCAAAGCAGAGGCUGAGAGGAAACACCAGGAGCGGCUCAUCCAGCUGGCCCAGGAGCAGGAGGAGAGGGAGAGGGAGGAAAAACAGGAGGCCAGGAGGAAGAAGAUGAUGCUGGAACAGAUGGAGAGGGAGAAGGAACAGCCUGUCGAUCACUCUGAGAUGGUCGACCGGAUGUUUGGGUUUCUUGGAGACUCUGGGCCGUUACCAAACCUGGAUGGACAAGCACCAGCUGGCUUUGAAGACCUGGAGAAGAUGCCUCGUGGUGAGGAAGCAGAAGAGGUGCUGAAUGAAGCUCCUCCGCUUCCUGAUGAGGAAGAUGAAGAUUUGUCAGAGUAUAAGUUCUCCAAGUUUGCUGCCACUUACUUCCAGGGUGUUUCCACUCACACCUACAUCAGACGACCGCUCAAACAACCUCUGCUGUACCACGAGGAUGAAGGAGACCAGCUGGCAGCAUUAGCCGUGUGGAUCACCGUGUUGAGGUUCAUGGGGGACCUCUCUGAGCCAAAAUACCAAAUGGUGCUCAACGACGGCAGCGAGAAGAUCCCCGUCAUGACGAAGAUCUACGAAACCCUCGGGAAAAGGACCUACAAGAGGGAGCUGCAGGAGCUGCAGGUGGAAGGAGAGAACAGCUCCAUAAAUACCCAGAAGAGGAACAGCGUCAGACAUAAACUGGUGUCUCUGACACUGAAGAGGAAAUCCAAGAUCACAGAGGAGGUCACCAGGCGGCUCACCGAGGGGAGCGACUACGUUCUUCAGGGUAACAGCAUGCUGGAGGACCGACCCACCUCCAACCUGGAGAAACUUCACUUCAUCAUCGGGAACGGCAUCCUAAGACCAGCUCUCAGAGAUGAGAUCUACUGUCAGAUCUGCAAGCAGCUCAGCCAGAACCCGUCAAAGAGCAGCCACGCCCGCGGGUGGAUCCUCCUCUCUCUGUGCGUCGGCUGCUUCGCCCCCACCGAGAAGUUUGUUAAAUAUUUACGAACCUUUUUGAAGAACGGCCCUCCUGGAUAUGCUCCGUACUGUGAAGAGAGGCUGAGGAGAACGUUUGCUAACUGCACACGGACACAACCACCGUCCUGGUUGGAGCUGCAGGCCACAAAGUCUAAGAAGCCCAUCAUGCUACCUGUGACCUUUAUGGACGGCACCACCAAGACGCUGCUGGCGGAUUCCGCCACCACAGCAUUUGAGCUUUGCAACGCUCUGGCGGACAAGAUCAACCUGAGGGACCGAUUUGGCUUCUCUCUGUACAUCGCUCUGUUUGACAAGGUGUCGUCGCUCGGCAGUGGCAGUGACCACGUCAUGGACGCCGUGUCGCAGUGCGAGCAGUACGCCAAGGAGCAAGGCGCUCAGGAGAGAAAUGCCCCCUGGAGGCUGUUUUUCAGGAAGGAGAUCUUCAGCCCCUGGCAUGACCCGACCAACGACUACGUUGCUACCAACCUCAUCUACCAGCAGAUUGUGAGAGGGGUGAAAUUUGGAGAGUAUCGCUGUGAGAAGGAGGAGGAUCUAGCGGAACUGGCCUCUCAGCAGUACUUUGUGGAUUACGGGUGGGACAUCCUCCAGGAGCGCCUGCUCAGCCUCAUCCCCUCCUACAUCCCCGACAGAGAAAUCACCUCGACAAAGACCACGGACAAGUGGGCCCAGCUCAUCAUCAGCGCCAACAAAAAGGGAUUACAGAAUAAAAGGAGACAGAACACACAGAAGGUGAAGGAGGACGUGGUGGAUUUUGCACGGUUAAAGUGGCCUUUGCUUUUCUCACGUUUCUACGAAGCCUUUAAGUUUUCAGGGCCCAGUCUUCCCAAGAAUGACGUCAUUGUGGCUGUAAACUGGACUGGAGUUUACUUUGUGGAUGAACAGGAGCAGGUCCUUCUUGAGCUGUCGUUCCCGGAGAUCACAGCCGUGUCCAGCAGCAGGGGCGGUAAGCUCCAGGGUCAGAGUUUCACGCUGGCCACCAUCAAAGGAGACGAGUACACCUUCACUUCCAACAAUGCAGAGGACAUCCGCGACUUGGUGGUCACCUUCCUGGAAGGUCUGAGGAAGAGAUCAAAAUAUGUGGUGGGAUUACUGGACUGUCCGAGUCCAGCUGUGGUGGAUUCCAACUUCCUGAGCUUCUCUAAGGGGGACCUGAUCAUCCUGGAUGAGCACGAUGGAGAACACGUGAUGAACUCUGGCUGGGCUCACGGCGUCAACGACAGGACCAAGCAGAAAGGAGACUUCCCUGCUGACUUUGUCUACGUGCUGCCCACCAUCACCAGGCCCCAGUAUGAUAUAGUGGCUCUGGUGACUAUGACUCCUGAUCAGAGACGAGAGUCCAUCACUUCGUCUCAGCUGAGUCUCUCGGACCGGGACAAACCCAAGGCCUAUACGCUGGAAGAGUUUUCCUACGACCACUUCAGGACUCCUCCUAAGAGCACCCUCAGCCGAGUGAUGAUCUCUAAAGCUCGAGGGAAGGAGCGUUUGUGGAGCUGCACCAGGGAGCCUCUCAAACAGCCUCUGCUGAAGAAGGUUCUGACCCAUGAAGAGCUCAGUCAGGAUGCCUGCCAGGCCUUCACAGCUGUGAUGAAGUAUAUGGGAGACUAUCCGUCAAAACGAGUGCGAUCCGUCAACGAACUCACUGACCAGAUAUUUGAAAGUGCGCUCAAGGCGGAGCUGCUGAAAGAUGAAAUCUACUGUCAGAUUCUCAAGCAGCUCACAGAUAAUCCCAUCAAGUACAGCGAAGAGAAAGGCUGGGAGCUGCUGUGGCUCUGCACUGGUUUGUUUCCUCCCAGUAACAACCUGCUGCCUCAUGUCCAGAAGUUCCUGCAGGCCAAGAAGCACCACCUGCUGGCUCCAGACUGCAUGCAGCGGCUGCAGAAAGCUUUACGAAACGGAUCGAGGAAGUAUCCUCCCCACCUGGUGGAGGUGGAGGCCAUCCAGCACAAGACCACUCAGAUCUUCCAUAAGGUUUAUUUCCCCGACGACUCAGACGAG